GAAUUUGGGCCAGUUUCCCUAGGACUUUUGACCGCAAAGUGCACUUUCAUUGUGUGGCCACUGUCUCGGUUUAAGCACCUCUCUGCAGGAGAAGUGCCCAAAGCAAUUUAUUCAGCCUAUUAAAAUAGUAAAAAAUGAGGGCUGUUUGUUUCAAUGAGAGAAGGGAGUUGGAAAUCCAAGGACCUGUUUUGAAAAAUGCUAUGGCCUUCGGAGACGUUGAUGGCGAUGGCGAACUGGAAUUAGUUGUUGGAAAUGAAAGUGGAGAACUGGCUAUUUUCAAGGACUCGUUUCACAGCGUCAAACCUUGGUUUCAAAGCUCGGGCUUCAAGAUGAUCAGCGCUGUUGGAAUCGGUGGACUCAUCGAACCAGACAAGAACACAGUAGUUGUCGUUUCAGGUGACGGAUGGUGCCACAUUUUGCUCCCAGGGCCAGCACCGUCCUGUCCUUCAGAUGUUCCACUAGGCUGCGACAAUAACAUGCACGUGGCUCAUAUCCAAUGCAUACCUCCAAAUACCCAUUGUUUGUUCAUGGGUGACAUUGAUGGUGACGGCCAAGUGGAACUUGUUGUUGGUCUCACCGAUAGAGUCGUUCGAUCCUAUCGCUGGCAACCUGACCCACCACCUGCUUUGCCUGGCGAAGGGAGACUUGUUAGCCUCAACAAGUGGGAAGCAGCAAAUCAGGUUGGCAGCGUUAGCUUAGGACGAGAGAUGGGAGGUCAGCCAUCGGUUCUUGUGUCUCAACCUGGUGGAACUCUUUUGAAAAUUAUGUGCACAACAAAUCAAUACGCUGUUCAGGAAAAUUCACUGGACGAGGCACCUCCUACGUCAAAGAUUGAUUACUGCCCUCUUUCAUCGUCUCGCAUGAGGAGCCCAAACGUGUCUACUGAAAUUGUUGGCUCAAUUCGAACAGGCUGUGAAAAUGAUGAGAAAGGAUCCCCGUACACUGUGGCAACAACAGAUGGAACCCUAAUGUUGGUCCAAGAUGAAAAUAUUUUAUGGUCGAUUCAGCUACACAGGCAACUAUUUUCUUUGACCAAAUUGGAUAUCACUGGAGAUGGGAAGGAUGAGAUCGUUGUUUGCUCUUGGGAUGGCCAAACAUAUAUUUUGGGUCAAGAUCAAAUUUCUGUUCGCUUUCAAUUUGAAGAAAGCGUUUCCUCGUUUUGUGCUGGUCGCUACGGAAGUGGACCCUUGCCUUGCUUUGCAUACUCUACGUUUAAUGAUAAAAUAAUUUUAUUCCCAAAUAUAAAGAUCCCCAAUCUUCGAAUCAGGACUCUAGACACCUACAUGAGUGAGAGAUUCCCGAAUAUGAGUAAAGAAGAGAGACGAUUACUUGUGCAAAAAUGUUUAUACAGCACAAAGAUCAAUUAGUUGAAAAUUUCUUUUAACAAAAAUAAAUAUGUGCUCGGAAUGUGAAUUUUGUGAUAAAUAGACAAUUUAUUGAGUAAAACGUAGAGAUUUGAACAUAAUAAAUAUAUCUACUUU